ACGCAACUGGUCGGCGACCGGCAGCCGAGUAUAUUGUGUGGUGUAGCAUUGACAGUUUUGUUUCGUUGGGUGAUUAUACGGGUUACGUAAAAGUUUUUAUCCUAUUCCAAAGUGUAGAGAGGUGGGUUAAGAUUAAUUUAGAGAAAAAGUAGAUCUACAACAAGAUUCUAAGAAAAGUUGUCGUGCUAAUGAGAGGAGUCGAUGUUUUUUUUGUUCGUAAGAUCGCGCGUGCGUUUUAUUUGUAUUAACGAGGAAGCAGCAUUGCGUGGCGUCGGUCUUGCUUGCGUAUUUAAAACUUGGCCGUUUAGAGAAACGCAUUUUCUCUACCCUUGCAUAUCCUAGCAUACCCUCACUCACUUUAUAGCCUCUGAGACUAUGUACUAAACUUUUCUCGAUUUGGCUGAGAGACGAACUCCGACUUAAAUUUUUAUUAUAAAAAAUUCUAAGUACACACCCUUUAAUAGAUUUCAGAGUAUUUAAAUCUAAACGAAGCUCAAUCAGCUUGUACUUUCUCAGUGUGCAGAAGGUGAGCGUAAAAGAUAGUGUGAAAGUGAAACUGGAAUUCUGAGGAAUAUUAAUCAUAUCGUAGAGAUGGGUAAAACGCCAAAGAAGGCGGUCCCGGGGGGCGAUGAGAGGAAUUUGUACAUUCGGAGGCUUAAAACUGCAACCGCGUCGUCGAAAGCUUCUGAUACGAGCUUACCUGAGAGACAGCGCGAAUCCGAGAACGAGAACAGAUCAAAAUUAAGUGGAACGCAAAAACAGUUACCAAGUAACACGGGAAAGACCUUCAAGAGUAAACUCCGCAGCCCGUCAAAGUCCGGUGUAAGCCGCUUGCCGAAACCGCAGAGUCGUGUAGCAGCCGCUUCAAGUAAAGAACACAAAAAACUGGAGCCAGCAUAUAAAGCAGCAAAAAGUAUGAUGUCGAAGUUGCAAAAGGAAGCAGAAGAAGCUGACGUCAAAUUGAAAGUAUCCAUUGAAAAGGAAGACGUCAAGGAACAAAAUCCAGAGAAUGAAACCAAAGAGCAGAUUACUGAUAAAGAGGCAGAGAGCGAAACACAGACGAAUGAGAAACUCGAAGAUCAACAUGGCUCGAUAGAUUCAGUUGAAAGCAACCAGAGUGAUGCGAUUAUCCUAGCCGAAAAAGUGGUUACGCCACAGAAUAUCGAAGACACUUCAAAACCGGAAGAAAUAAUCACCGAUGAAAAGAAUAACCAUAGUACAACAACCGAAGAGGAUCAGGAAGGCAGUAAUUUCCGUUUGAAUUUCAUAAUCGAGGAUGAUAGUCCGAAAAAGUCAGAGGAUAACUUCGCCGAGAGAAAUAGUAGCCAGGAGGAAGAACAAGUAAUCGAAAUUAAAAAUGACGAAAAAGAAAUGAAAGCAUCAAUCACUGAGAAGGAUGAUAAUAAAAGCGAGGCUCUAACAGAUACAGAAAGCUACUCAGUAGACGUCGUAGAAUCUACAACAUCUGAAGUUUCUGAAGCAUCUGAACUUGUAACUCAAAUAGAAAGUGAUAAGGUGGCGGAGAAAUCAACGUCAAUUCCAGGAGAUGACGUAUCCUUUGUAACAUAUGAUUCCAACAUAAUGUUGAAGGAUGUCAAAAUUAAACUUAACGAUUGCCUCAAGGAUAAUUCAAAGCUUUUCGACACAAGUAAUGCUGAUAAUAGUAUUUCGGAACCACUCUCAAAGGAUUCCUCCUUCGGUAGGACCCUCAGAAAUAUUUCAGGCAGACAUUCAAUCGGUCGCAUGCGUCACGUUACCCUGCGUGAUCGUAGAUUGUCUCCCAACAAUUCACUUUUUGUGAAUACAUCCUCAGCAUCUUUACCAGCCGAAGAAGCGGGUGAACAGAAAUUUUCACAUUAUCGCAGUGACCUCUCAGAGAAGUUUAGCAGUAAUGGCAGUGCCAUGGAGAAGAAACGUAAACUGGAAUUGGAUGCUUGCAACUCAGCUAAGAAAAUCAAAACCAAUGAAGAAUCCAGCUUUUUGAAUUCAUCAAUCGGAUUGUUGAGAGGAUGGCGCAGACCAAUCCAAGUAUCAACUCCUAAUGUAGCAGGUUAUAAACUCAAGCCAGAUAAAUUAAAUAUCAGCGGAAUUCAUGGGCGUAAUGACAGAAUUUUAGAUAAUGAAUCCGAAGUCACCAAGAAUUGGUGCACUGUCAUGUAAUCUGUUUUUGAGAACAUAAAACCUGAGAGAUUGUUUUUGAAUAUCGAGAGGGAAAUUUACAACAAACGUAACAAAAACCAUUUUUAAUGAACGAAAUGGAAGAAACAGAUUACUGAUUUUGCAUAUAAUUUAAGGAAGUGAAAAAUCAAAUGGUUUUUAUUACACUUGUUAUAACCUUCCUUGUAAGUCUGAAAGUCAUCGUGCAUUUGCCAAAAAAUUGUAUGUAUUCUAACAUUUUUCAACAGAUUAGAACUAAUGCGCGAUAAGAAAAUAUUCCUCACGUAUUUUACCUAUCUCGGUAAUAUCCUUAUCAAAGUACACUUUCAUUUUUUUACACAUUAAUUGAAACAUUUAUGAGUAAUGAGGUUCCAUUUUGUUUUAUCAUAAUCACAGAUUAUGCAACUAUGGAGUGGAAGCUCCUUUGAAUCAAACUACCGUUUGCCAUCAGAAACUGGUAACUAAGAAAUUGAGUCAGCAUAUUCAUGUACAAAGAUUUAAUCUCAAUUUUCAUAAAUAUUUUAAAAGGUAUCUCAAAUUUCUACCAUUCUAAUUUGAUAUGCCAGACAAGCCAUUUUAAGAUGUUCAAGAGGUAACAAAAUUGUUACACAGUUACGAUUAUAAAUUAUUAGGAUCACUCAUCAAGUAUCCCUAUCUUUGACAGAGAUAAGAGUAACUACAUGGUUUCCUAUUAAUUCAUAAUUGUCGUGCAGCCAUUGUCAGGCUUAUGAAAUUUCAUUGUAGUCACUUUAGAAUCACCGUUUUAUUCGCCAUGACAUUACAAAAAGAGUAGACCCUCCUAAAGCCAAUUAAUGCGGCUCCUUAUUUACUUAGAAUAUAAAUUAGGUCAGACUGCCUUUGUCUACGUUAGUGCUUUCGUGUCCGAGAAAUUCAAACCUUUCUGAAAGCAUGUGAACAAAUGCAAAAUAAUCCAUAAGUAUGAAUUAUUAAUUUGCUUAUUUCCAAAGGCAUUCUUUUCUUAAGAUUAAAUAAUUAAUUUAAGUAACACACAGACAUAUAUAUAAAUAUAUACAUAUGUCAGUCCUACCUUAAUUCAUAUUUGCUUUCUACGUCCUUAUUUCGUUUAUUAAAUUAACUGUCUGAUUUUACCAGUUUAUCAAUGUAAUAUCAUAAUAAUAUUUGCAAUAGUGUAAAUGGGUAUUUAUAAUUUAUUACAGUCCUGAGGUAAAACAAAAAAAUAUCCAAGAAAGACAGGUAUCUGAGUUCA